UGUUCUUCUGACAUUUAACAACUUUUCUGCAUCAGGAUCAAAGUCAGAAUGAAAAUCCUCCAUUUUCUCUUCUUCUGCUUCUUGUCAGAUCUGGCUAAAAAGGAUGUUUUUUAUCGCAUAGUAACCAAGGGAGAAGAGGUCACACAUAUAUGUUCUGUAAUGUUCUAUGGACUGAGGCAGUUCUUUUGUAAGAAUGAGUGUAAGAAUGAAGGGGAGAUCCUCAUUGACACAACUAAUAACAAAGCUGUGAGUGGCAGAUACAGCAUUGAAUACAGACCAGGAUCUACACCUGGACUGUAUGCGACCAUCACACAGCUGACCAAGUCAGACACAGGACGGUACAUCUGUGGUUAUGGAAACCCUCUGUCUCCUGAUUCAUACCAGAGUUUAAAUAUUCUUGUCAUUGAUGAUUCAAACCCACCUGCUUCCACACCACAAACAGCAACACAGAGUGAAAGUGUCACUGCAGGAGUCUCUACACAUUGUCCUGACUCCUCCUGGCUUCUGGUUGUGCGUGCGUCCUUGGAUGGUGUUUUGCUGAUGGCUGUUUUCCUCAUGCUCUUCUACAUUAGUAAGACAAGGAGGAACUUUGGACUGAACACCAGAGAAAAUGACACAAACAUGGAGUUAUCUGUCGGGUAUGAGAACUGGGAUCCAACCUCCAAACAUGAUGAGUCGAAAAGCAGCAGGACCAAACCUACUCUGUAUUAUUAAAGACCAAAAUCUAAAAAGUAAAAAUUUAAUUUGGCCAUCUACUCUCCAGGGUUAUCUUUUCUUCCACAUCUGUUUCAUUUUGAUAUUUUUGGACCUAUAUCUGAGAUUUCAUGAUCGCCUCACGUAUAAUUUGCUUCACUAGGCUUCAUUUUGUUCCUGUUAUUCAAAUGCAUAAAUGCAC